AUGGCGCCGAACAAUACCACACACAACGCAGGACCCUACCCGCCACGGCAUUCGUCGUUCCAGAACCAGCAUGAUAGAGUGCAGGACAGCGCAGGAACAGCAGAAGAGGGAGUGAACGAGGCAUACAGAGGCUCUAGUUAUCCGCAUGGAGUGGUAGCAUCACACUACUUGGCCCAGCAACCGCCGAAUGCACGCGAAGGGGAAACUUGGAUGGACUUCUUAGCCGACCCGAAUGUGAGCCGCUCGCGCAAUACUACCAACCCAACCCACCCAGAGACCUCUGCACAAUCUACGUCCUCACGAUACAACCUCCCGAAUCGGCCACCGCGUACCGAUUCCUCGUCGUCCCUCAGCUCAGACCGCAAGAGGCGUUUGACCGCGGCCGACUCCCCAAUGAGACGACCUUCAAGUAUCAGAAUGCACUCGAGCAACCCAGGGGCCUCAAAUUCGGAUCCCAUUGUCCUAAACUCUUCCCCUGUCGCCGCACCAUCUCCACUUCCACCUUCACCAGCACCGCCAAUUGGCAAUGACGCCCGAAGAAGGGGGAGCGAGAUUGUGCUACCAUCAUGGCAGCCAGACGCCGAAGUGUCUCAGUGUCCUUUUAUCGUUCACCCACCUACGGAAAGCCUUUCCAAUUUUGUCGACCUGACUGGCGACGACGAUGACAACAACAUGUCUCCAUUUGGGCCGCUCCGCAAUCCAGCGUUGGGUGGAGGCGAGGAGGUUCGUGUAUGUAAUCCAUGCGUGCCGGACCCGAACUACGGCCCCCCACCCCAAUAUACCCCAAGCGUACCACCACGACGUCCAAGUCAAGCUUCAAGCCAUCACUUUGCAUCUAGGCCGCCGACGCAUCCCCGUGCUCACCGAUCAUCAUCGAGCGUGCACGAUGCUUCGCGAACAGUCGGCCAUGGACAAACGUCGCGGUCCCAAGAAUCUGCUGGCGACACUAGGCGAGUGAGUUAUCACGGCGGACAAGCAGGCGGAGAGCGCUGGCUACCACCACUACCCUCCAGUCACACGCAGCCGUCCGCUUUUCACACUUCUCGAUCCACCUCAUCUACAUCCCGCUACACCACUGCCAACAAUGGCCACCUCCCCUUCAAUCUCGGCCCAGGGUCCCAAUCCGGCCUCAACAUGUACCCCCGAUCAGCCUUCACACCCUACCCGCAACCCCCUCGUCGCCGCGAAAUCGCAGAAGAAGAUGAAUGUCCCGUCUGCGGCAACGAACUACCACCCAAAGGCCUCAACGGCGAUGAAACUGUCCGCGAACAGCAUAUCCAGGAAUGUCUCGCCCUCGCAACGCACUCUGCUUCGCCCGCGCCCGCACCGUUGGCUUCUGCGUCCCUGCCCAUUCAGCGUACUCGCGGCAUGAGCUCUGCCGCCGAAGCGAGCACUGGUAGCAGCCGCAUGGCGCACGCCGCGCGUGGCAUGUUUACUUUCACGGCGACGGAGAAGGAUUGCGUGGACGCCGAGGGCGAGGAGGAGGAGUGUAUCAUCUGCUUUGAGGAGUAUGAGGCCGGGGAUAAGAUGGCGAGGUUGGUGUGUUUGUGCAAGUUUCAUGAGAAAUGCAUCAGGGAGUGGUGGGGGAAGAAGGGGCGGGGCGCGUGUCCGACGCACCAGUUACAUGAGUAG